CGUGUAAUCGACUCACACCUUCGUGCAAUCACCAACGGACGACCAUCUUAUUACGGGUGCGCGGUACGAACAUGGGUAGCAAAGUGUAAACCACCAUUAUUAUUAACGAAACGUGUAAUAAGAGACAUUCCGCGUCAGCCCGAGAAAGAAUACUAAAGCACAAUGGGGAUAUUGCAGACGCCGGCUGGGAUAACAAUUUUCGAGGAGUUAGGCGUAAACAGCAAUUAGAUCCGGUUGUUGCUGCUUUUCAAGAAUAAUCCACCGUGGAUGGUCGAUUGUUCUCGUCGGCGUCGAUUCGAUUUCAAUGGGGCUAAACGGCGAAAUCACGAGGCAAAACGAGGAGUUUGUUUUAGCAAUUCCCAGGGAUCUUGCUGCGGAGGGAUCGUCGGUGGAGAAAAAAGGAAGAGGCAAGGGAGAGGCAGGACUACAAUGUUUAGACCACGAUCAACGCGCCAAUAUUUUAAACACGGCCCCCUUAACUUCGCAGGUUCUUCUUUUCCCAUAUGCAUUCCUAAUCACGAGUCGCAUCGGCAGAUAUAGCGUGCACCGCGAUCCACCCCGUUAAAUCUCGAGAGGAGAUCAAGGGAGAUGAGCGAGGGAGAGAGUCUGAAAAGGGAGAAAGGAUGGAAAA